AUGUCGCAACAAAAUCAUUACCAAUUCAAUGUCGUCAUGUCAUGUUCUGGAUGUUCCAAUGCAAUCAAUAAAGUACUUUCUAGGCUUGAACCGGAUGUCUCCAAGAUUGAGACUUCACUUGACUCUCAAACUGUAGACGUUUACACAACUUUACCUUACGAGACUAUAUUGGAAAAGAUUCAGAAAACUGGUAAAGAGGUCAAGUCAGGUAAGCAAAUUUGA